AACAUCUUAGCCUUUAGCUGAUUUCUUGGAACAUACAAGUAAAGCUGUAUAUGAUAGACUCUUUCGAACCCCGCGCAUAGCAUGACCUUAUUGCACCGAAAUGCCUUUUUAGUCAUAGUUGAACAUGCUAGCUCUCUCAUCCCUAUAUCUCGGAGAUUAGUACGUUCUAAAAAUCACAGAUCAUAGCUCCAUCUUGGUCAACUGCUUUUCUUGUAAAUUCUAUUUUUUACGCACAUCUCUUGCCUUUCUCUCCAAGUAUAGAAUAGUCCAAAAAAGCACACCAAAAUUGACCCUUUCACUCAAAUUUUCAUCAUAAAUUUCACCCAUGCAAUUUGCAAAGCCUCCAUUCCAAAAUUAUCCACCAAACUGUGAUACUUUUAGUUUUGAUUGUUCUCACUUUUACAUUAGAGUUCCUGGAGAAGAGCAAUAAGAAAAUGGAUGAAACAACUAGCAAAUCAGAAGGAAAAGAAAGCGAAUAUGAAUUCACUGAACUGAUCACUCUCAGGAAAAUUGAACUGUCAGAUGUGGAUGAUUUCAUGGAGUGGGCAACAGAUGAAAAAGUCAGCCAUUUUUGCAUCUGGGAUACUUACACUUCCAAAGAUCAAGUUUUGGAUUAUAUCAAGAAUAGUGCUAUUCCCCAUCCAUGGUUGAAAGUUAUCUGCAUAAGAAACAAGGCAAUUGGGGCAAUAUCUAUGACACCAAAUUCUGGUUUUGAUAGUUGUAGAGCUGAACUUGGAUAUGUCUUGGCUUACAAGUAUUGGGGUAAAGGGAUUGUCACAAGAGCAGUGAAAAUGGUGGCAACUACCAUAUUUUCAGAGUGGUCAAAUCUGGAGAGGAUUGAGGCGUUGGUGGAUAUAGACAAUAAAGGAUUACAAAGAGUGCUGGAAAAAGUUGGGUUCUUGUGAGAAGGUGUUCUAAGAAAGUUCAUGAGUAUAAAGGGGAAUUCAAGAGACAUAGUAAUAUUUAGCUUGCUAUCCACAGAUGAUGUUCAACACUAGUCCCCUCAAGUUUUUUCAUGUAUUCUCCUUUUCCUCUUGGAGAUCAAAAGGAGGAGCCAAAGGAUUAAGGAUUUUAUUGCAAUCUGAUACUAGUAGGUUUAGCUUCUUUUCCAACUUCAAAGCAAGUCUUGUGGAAAUAUUUUAACUGUCAUUUAUUGUUUGAUUGCAAUUCGGACAGUAAUCGUAUUGAAUCAUUGCCUGAAUUAGUAUUGUAUGAACUAUUGAAAGACUUUAUGAACACCAAGCAUAGAGAUCCAAAUCAUUGUGUGAUGGGUUUAAAGUAUCUUAGAUUUAUGUUUUGAUGAUCUAACAAACUUAUUGUCAAGAACCAGAUAAAGGACCUGAUGCACACUUGGUAUAUUUAUCCAUCAAUGGACUUAAGCUAAUGUGAGUUGUAUGACUUCAGAUAGAAAAGAACCAACUCAUGGACCUGAUCCCUUGGAGCUUCCCUGACAGCAGUACGAAGUCAACUCUAUAGCUAGAAAGUGACUGCUUGCACUGUACAUGCUGCAGUGCAGAAACAGUGCAGCAGUCACUUCCCAUUGGGAAGGGCUUUUUACCAACCAAGUGUUUACAUCAUCUAAGUGAUGUCAUUCAAAGGAUAUUAACAAGAAGCAUUACAACAAAACAUCACUUGAACACUUGUGAUAUUCAAACAAAAGUAUUCAAGAUCUGAUUAUCCAGCAUUAAAGUCACAAGUGCAUCAAGAACAAAGUGCAACACUACUACGGACCAGUUCCAUAACAAGUCUUUUGUAUGUCCUUAGUUGAGUUGUAUCUUUGUAUUGGUUAUUUAUUGUAAUUCCUACUUUGCUUAUCUAGAAGCUUAAAUUAGGAACCUCAAAAAUCACAAACCCGUAUAGCUUGUGUCGUGACUAGAGUUAGUCAUGAGUUGAAGUAUUUGUAAUAGGUGUAUUACAAAGUGGCUUGUAAUAGGUGUA